UAUGUGACUGUGUCAAUAAAAAUCAUACCAUCUUGCUUGAAAAAAAAUACAGCACGCAUGAUGCGCUAAAUCUCUAUAAGGUUUCAUUCAAAUUCCACAGUUUAUUACUUGUGCCGGCAGAUAAAUCGGAUCUUAUUCAAACUGAUCCCUAACUAGUAUGUCAUAUUCAAGUUUUCAUUAUCAAUGCCUAUCAUCAUUUAUAACCAUUAGUUAUUAACUUGUCAUUAGUUAUUAACAUAAGUUAUUAUGGCGCGUGUGGCAGAGUAUCAAAGAAGUGCGAGUGACGCUGUCAGUUGGCACCAGGACCAGGCACUCAACACCAGAAUAUUACUCAUGCACCCCACAGGUCCAUUUGGCUUUGUGUUGAUGGACACUGAAGCAAAGGAGAGAUGCAAAGUGUUAUUGGGAGAACCACACCACUGCUCGUGCAAGACAUUUAAAAAGGAAAAAUGCUGCAGACACGUCUUCUGGGUACUGCUCAAGAAAUUUAAAGUACCCAGGACUGACCCUGUCACGUUUCAACUAGGGCUAGUGGAGAGGGAACUGCAGGCUAUGAUCAAUGGACACUACUGCAGAGCCAAGACUGCUAGGAGAGAUCAGACAAAACUGGUUCAAGAUCCAAACUUAACUGACGAUGCCAGUGGUGCAAAUGACUCCCGUCUGGUGCAGAGACAAAUAACAGAAGAUGACACCUGUCCAAUAUGCCAGGAGGAGUUUCUCACCCACGGGGAUACAAACAACAACAACAACAACAACAACAGCAGUAAGAGUGAGUCAUCUCCAGCUGGAGCGAAUAAUAUGAUGAACAGGCAUGAACCCGUGACCUAUUGCAAGAUAGGCUGUGGUCAGAACAUACACAUCAAGUGCAUGAAGUCAUGGGCAUCAUACCAGCAAGACAAACGCAACAAAAUUCAAAUGUUCAAGAGGACUGACCCUGUCGCGUUUCAACUAGGGCUAGUGGAGAGGGAACUGCAGGCUGUGAUCAAUGGACACUACUGCAGAGCCAAGACUGCUAGGAGAGAUCAGACAAAACUGGUUCAAGAUCCAAACUUAACUGACGAUGCCAGUGGUGCAAAUGACUCCCGUCUGGUGCAGAGACAAAUAACAGAAGAUGACACCUGUCCAAUAUGCCAGGAGGAGUUUCUCACCCACGGGGAUACAAACAACAACAACAACAACAACAACAGCAGUAAGAGUGAGUCAUCUCCAGCUGGAGCGAAUAAUAUGAUGAACAGGCAUGAACCCGUGACCUAUUGCAAGAUAGGCUGUGGUCAGAACAUACACAUCAAGUGCAUGAAGUCAUGGGCAUCAUACCAGGACCAGGCACUCAACACCAGAAUAUUACUCAUGCACCCCACAGGUCCAUUUGGCUUUGUGUUGAUGGACACUGAAGCAAAGGAGAGAUGCAAAGUGUUAUUGGGAGACCCCCACCACUGCUCGUGCAAGACAUUCAAGAAGGAAAAGUGCUGCAGACACGUCUACUGGGUACUACUCAAGAAGUUUAAAGUGCCCAGGACUGACCCUGUCGGAUUUCAACUAGGACUAGUGGAGAGGGAACUGCAGGCCGUGAUUAAUGGACACUACUGCAGAGCCAGGACUGCUAGGAGAGAUCAAUCAAAACAGGUUCAAGAUCCAAACUCAACUGACGAUCCCAGUGGUGCAAAUGACUCCCGUCUGGUGCAGAGACAAAUAACAGAAGAUGACACCUGUCCCAUCUGCCAGGAGGAGUUUCUCACCCACGGGGAUACAAACAACACCAACAACAACAACAACAACAACAAAAACAGCACUAAGAGUGAGUCAUCUCCAGCUGGAGUGAAUAAUAUGAUGAACAGACAUGAACCCGUGACCUAUUGCAAGAUAGGCUGUGGUCAGAACAUACACAUCAAGUGCAUGAAGUCAUGGGCAUCAUACCAGAAGAGCAGUUCUGGGAGUGGCGACUGUCUCGAGUGUCCCCUCUGUCGGGCCCCCUUCGGCACUCUGAGGAGUCUGCUGGAGGAACUGCACAAUGCACAGACAGACCUAGGAGGAACCAGAGGAGCAGUCAGAAACACAACCACACAUGUCAACAUAUCUUGUAGGAACUGUGGCGUGACUCCAAUAGAGGGCAAAUGCUACAAGUGCAGAAUAUGUUCCUCUGACUUUCACUUGUGUGGCAACUGCUUCGCCUCCAAUGUACACACCCAUCAUCACUUUGAAAUGAGACACAAGGUCAACGAAAGAUGGCAUCCAGUGGACCGUGGUUUUCUGCUAAAUGGGAUUUCGGCCGGAGUAUCAUCUACUGUCACUCAACUCCUAGUUGAUUCUGGACUGCAAAACAGAGAACUAUCAGAGAAUGAUUACGAUCUCCUGUUGCAGUUGGACGAACCGGCGAGACAGCCAAACGCGAACCAAUAUGAAGGUUCCACCCUGUCGGAACAUACGAUUUCUCUGCUGCCUUCGAUGACCAUCAGAAAACAACACGUACACCUGCUUAAGCCAGGAAUGCAGUGCAAUCUAUGUCUACAAGUAUAUCGAAUCGGCCAAGCGAUACGCCGUCUUCCAUGCCGACAUAAAUUCCACCAAUCAUGCAUCGAUGGCCACCUUCUGCACCAAUCAGAUCGCUGUCCACUUUGUGCUGAGCCAAUAAGAGUCGAACAGUCCGAUAAUCAGUCAAACUUGUCCCAAUUGACCACUAAGACUGCCAAUAAGCAGACAAUUAGAAGUAAAAUAGUACAAACGGCGCCGACUGGAUCCCGCAUCAAAGUUGAGAGGUACGGUGGGAACGAUGAUCGGCUAGAUGAGGUGCUCACGAUAUUCGGCCAGAGUGACGCAGCCUCAGUUGCUCCACUGCAACGAAAUCCGGAGCGACGGGUGAAAUAUCCGGCUAGAAAUAACAGAGGUCUGCCUGAAAUGGCAUCCCAACUUGCUGCUCAGCCCCAAUUCGAAACAUCAUUCACUGUUUCGGCUGUAAACUCGGCAUCAGCUACCAACUCACGAGAAAAAACAAGUGUCUCAGUAAGCCGACAUACAACUAAACCGACAACGUCGAAACCGCCUAAAGGAAAACUAGCUCAGUUAUCAAAUACAACCCACGACUCGACAAACUUAUCGGAUUUUGCGUUGGGACCCUCGUCCGGGAAACUUUUAGGUCAAAAAGAUUCAAAUGAUUCUGCGGAAAAUUCGAUCUCAAGGGGUAGAAAAUCGAAUCCUGAAAGUAGUGGGAAAAAUCAACAAAUGUUAUCACGGAAUGGUUCUUUUCGAAAUGGGCUACGUAGCAAAAAUGAACUCUCUAACCAAUUAAGAAAGAGAUCAAACUCGUUGGACAGAAUCAGAUCUAAUCAUGAAUCGAUUCGACCGACUGUUUUAAACCGGAACUUAAUUACUUCAGAUGCAGAUUCUGAAUUUGGAAUUGACGAUGUUUCUCAACUGAAUAAAAUUCUAUUUUGA